GCUGCUCAAAUAUUUUAUGAAACUUUACGAUAAAUCAUAUCUAAUUAUUGCAUAUAUAGAUUGUCAAGCACAUGUUACUCUCUGUUAUUAGGAAGAUAUAAUUGUGAUAAUAACAAUAAUGCAAAUACAACACGUGACCGUCUUUACAAUAACUGAGUUUUCUUAUAACUACUCCAAUCAUGCAUAAAUGCAUGCGAUUUAUACUAAAUAUUCUAAAUUUCUAAUUAAUUGUAUCAGAUCAAACAUGUAUAACUGAAAUAUUUCAACCGGUUGAUUUGAUCUUAUUGAAAGAACCGAACAUUCCUUCGCUGUAUAAUGUGGAUAACAAACGUUGGUCUUAAAUAAAUUCAUCCAACUUUAUGUUAUUGUAGAAUCAGUGAUGAAGACUGAACUAUUGUUGAUAAGUUUUAGGGUUCUAAGAGAAAUCAUACUAAUAAUAUAUAAAAUAAAAUAACUCUUUAAGACACAACUUCUCCCAAAAUUUUAUCUUGAACUUCUUGAUUCUACAUAAAAACUAAAGAAACAAUGCAUGGUAAAGGAGUUGCGGCUGUAACUUCCGCCACUUGGGUUCAACUCACGGUAGGAAGGACUAUUUACAAUGCUUGGGUUCCCGGUAAAGAGGUGAAAACACCUUUUUUUUUACCAAAAAAAAAAAAACAAUGCAUGUUCAAUGUUUUCUCAUUUUCAUGACUACAAGCUUAGUAUUACACAAAGGGUCCUUUACAGAUUUUAAUAAUAAUAAUUUUAGAUUUUAUAGUAUUUGAUAUUAUAAUAUAUAGAAUAAGUUUUGUAAUUACAAUUUUAGUUAAGACGCAAAGGUCAUCUCGAGUGGGGCUCUAGGGGUAACACAUAUAGAACAAAAGCCACCAUUUUCAAGCGCCAACAAGAGACUUGUCAAAAAUGUAUAUAGUCAUCAAUAUUUAAUAAGGACACUUGUUUCUGUUGUCUAUUCAUCAGAACCAAUAGGACCAAGCCUGUUUUAUGUGAUGGCCAGAGAUUUUAAUAAGAGAGAGAGAGAUAGAGCAUGUGAGUUCUGUAGCUUUGGUGGGUCCCUAUCUGAUUAUAUUCUAAAGUCACCCAGAGAAAUUAGUAUCAGCUUGAUGCUUUUCUAGGUAAGCCCUAGUUUACUAGUAUUAAGCAGAUCCCAUGUGAAAACCUGCAAACUCCUAAUUUUUAAAUACAAUAAAAAUCUUCUGUAUCAUUAAACUCAACUUCGAAGUUUGAUUCCUUGACCUUUUUGACACUCUAUAAAUAACAACUAACUGAAACACAACUCCACCAAAAAAUAUCAAUCCUUCUCCACUUUCAUAAAACAGAGUAUUCUUGUAACAUUCCAUAAAUCUCAUUGCUUUAGACAUGGCUAUUCGAUUGUCGCGUGUUAUCAACUCUAAACAGUCGCAAAAACAGCAGCCUCGUGUCCCAAAAGGACAUGUUGCGGUUUACGUCGGAGAAGAGAUGGAGAACAAGAAGAGAUUCGUGGUUCCGAUCUCGUAUUUGAACCAUCCUUCGUUUCAGGGUUUGCUUAGUCGAGCAGAGGAAGAGUUUGGUUUCAACCAUCCAAUUGGUGGAUUAACGAUUCCUUGCAGAGAAGAAAUAUUCGUGGGUCUUUUGAACUCUUAUGGUUGUAUUCUUUGAACUUAAGACAUCUUUUGGGAAGCCACAAUUUUUUUUCCAUUUUAUAUAUUUUUGUUUUGGUUGUUCCCUUUGUUUAUUUCUGCAAAGGAGAACAUGUUGAAUCAGCCUGUAAAUAUGUUGUAUAACCAGUCAAAUCAGGUUAUAAUAUUAUGUACUUCCACAAAAAAACAUUGAUCAAGAAAGAUUUUUAUGUUUUCAAAGAUAA